ACCACGAAAGCCAAGUUGGGUUUGUAUUCAUCUCGAUCAGAGGCACGUGACUUUGCAUGAAAGUCGUGUGUGCUUACUGUCAUAAGUAGAGGAGUUUGAAUGAGCAGGACUACUAGGCUACAUGAAGACAAACAUACCCAAAUUUGUACAGGUCAUAGAAGCGGAAAUAUGAUGUAUGCCAUCGCUGUAAACGGUUAAUUUAAAGCCUUUAUAGCUUAAUUAAACACCAAAUCUACUCUCAACCUCCACAUUUUGCCUGAAGUCGUGGAAUCAUAAGUUAACUGUAUAAAUAGAAUUUCUAACGUAGUUUCACUUGGUUCUUUUAUUAACUGUAGCCUAUAUAAAUAAUAGGGAUAACGACAUAUGUGCCAAUUAUCCAGGAAAUUUGCUUUGCACUGGCAUAUACGGAUUAGACAUAAGAGAAAAUAUGCUCAUUCUAAAAUAUUUAUUUGCCUUCAUGUUAAGGAGGCUAACUUGCUGUAAUAAAAAGCGCGGUAAAAUAGCACAGGAUAGUUUUGUGUAAUUAUUAGCCGUAGUUAAGAAGCCUAUAUCUGAUCCGUUACUGAAGUUUAAAUGUGAUGGAUUUUUUUAUUAUUAUUAUUUAAAUUAAUUGUUAUAUUUUUUAAACAGUGUAAUUAGCUCAAAUCUUUUAGGUUAACAGCACAUGCACAAGUUAACUGAGAAACAACUCUAGGUGCUGUGGCAUGAUCCGAGAAGAUUUGGCCAUUGUGUAUGAGUGUGAGAGAGCGAGAAAGGGGGGAGAGAGAGGGAGAGAGAGCGAGAGAGAAAGAGAGAGAGAGAGAAAGAGAGAGAGAGGGAUAGAGAGACUGAAAGACUUCGCGGACAAUGGCGGAAAAUUGAAGGUAUAUUUGCGAAAGCUGUGGUUCCUUAUCCGGGGACUACUUCGCCCCAUGCCAUUGGGCCAUCGUAUCACGUGGUAAAAGUAACUUUACAGGGUUGCUCGCUAGUAGGAGGGCUUUAUGGAGCAGAAAAACGACAAAGCUAGAAAAAUUAUUUUCCACUCCAGAAAUUAAUGAUCAUGAGCUCGUAUUUGAUGGACUCUAACUACAUCGAUCCGAAAUUUCCUCCUUGCGAGGAAUAUUCGCAAAAUAGCUACAUUCCCGAACAUAGCCCCGAAUAUUACAGCCGUGCAAGGGACAGUGGCUACCAGCAUCACCACCAGGAGUUAUACCCUCCGCGGGCAAGCUACCAGGAGCGUCAGUAUAACUGUGCAAGCAUCCCUGAGCCUGAUACUCAAAGAGGACAUGGACUGCCUCACGCGGGGCACCUGCUCGGAAAAGGGCAAUCUGCCUCAUGUGAGCCCCCACCGUUACCCCUGUCUCCUGCCACCCCUCCGGCUGCAUCCUCCGCCUGCAAUCAAGCCACCCCGGAGCAUCCCAACAGCUCAGCUUCUGCCAAACAACCCGUAGUGUACCCCUGGAUGAAGAAAAUUCACGUCAGCACCGUGAACUCUAGUUACAAUGGAGCGGAACCCAAGCGGUCUAGAACUGCUUACACUCGCCAGCAAGUCUUAGAAUUGGAGAAGGAAUUCCACUAUAAUCGGUACUUAACACGGCGAAGACGUAUCGAGAUUGCUCAUUCCUUGGUCCUCUCGGAAAGGCAAAUCAAAAUUUGGUUUCAGAACCGCAGGAUGAAGUGGAAAAAAGACCAUAGGCUGCCAAACACCAAAGUCAGAUCCUCUUCCUCCACGGGCAUUUCCUCCGGGUCCAACACAAGCUCAGCGACUGGCGUUGUGGCGGCAGCUUCCACCACUAACACCAUGUCAGCCUCCGAGGACCUCUCCGGAACCGAGCGUGGCGAGGAUAUUACAAGGAUAAUCAUUCGAAAUUGCAAAAUAGGUGAAGAAUGCGGAGGAAAACGGAAUCCUCGUUUGGUUGCUUUCCAGCACUUUACAACUCAAACAGCCAGUGCGCGAGGCUAUUGGAGGAGGCCAUCACGUGACUACAUUGUUUACCCUUGCUGGAAAACAAUUAAAGACGGCAGGCCACAUUUCUCCCCUUGUGCUCUGCAGGAGAGCAGUUCUGCGUGGAGACAACAUGCUGAAGAAAAUUCAUCAAAACAUUAUGAAGGCCAUAUGUGGAACUUUCAAAAACUCUCUCAACAUCCCUCUGCUGGUGUCAGCCACUCCGCGAAUGAAACGACAAAAUCCUUGGACCGGGCGAAUGCAACAGAAAGAGAUGAGGGGUGCAAGCUGUCAACUUCCUGCUUUUCAACCAAGAAGUACCCUUGGAUGAGAGAGACACAUACACCUAUAAGCUUCAGCUCCAUUAACGUCAUGGAAUCAGGUGAUUCCAGGUACAGCAGUGGUGAAGUGCAGGAUAGCGGCUGUCCUAAUAGUAAGCGGGCACGUGCAGCGUUCACCUCCUCCCAGUUGCUCGAGCUGGAGAAGGAGUUUCACUUCAGUGCUUACCUGUGCCGCAACCGGAGACUUGAAAUGGCUGCGCUGCUGAAGCUCACUGACCGCCAGAUUAAAAUCUGGUUCCAAAACCGUCGUAUGAAGUAUAAGAAAGAUCACAAAGAAAAGUCAAUGACAAAGUCCUCUUACUCCUACCUGGAAACAGGUAACCAGCCUUUUGUGAUUAGUGGCAGCACAGUGGAUCCUCCAGUGCCAUUAAAAUUCCAAUACCACUAUGAGAGACCAUCAAUGUCUGGUAUGAACUGUGCCCAGAGCCACUAGUGAAACUACAGGAAGUCCAACAACCAGGUUCUCCAUCAGCACUAAAACACGAUUCACAUCAAUGUUGGAAAUGACUGAAUCCUCUUGGAUAUGUGAAAUACAAAUUCUCCACAAAAUAUGUACCUGUUCUGUCACUGACCAGUUAUUUCCCACAUUAUAACUCUCUCUGACAUGAUUUAUAUUUAAGGAAAUUGAAGAUUUAUUGCCCCUACGUGACGAUUUAUAUGAAAAUUUAAGUUCAAUGGCCAAGUUCGCUCUGAACCAGAUUACAUGUUAUCAGCUAGUACAUGGUAAAUCAGAGUUAGUCUCCACUGUGCAUAAACUGCUGUAGUAAUAUCUUUGCAAAGCGCCAAGAUUUAUUGCGCACAGAUCCAGGCUCACUUGUAUAAGUUUAUCUCUUGGGCACAGAAAAUACAAUUUAAAAAGGGCAUUCAAGACUUUGAAUGGUCAUUAACAUCCGCUCAACUUUUGUAAGUGCACAACAUAUUUUUAUUGCUCCCAAAAUUAUAUGCUAUUUUUCCCACGGCAUGUGCUGAAACUCCUAACUUGGAAUGUUGUUGAUUGUAAUUGCCAGAAAUGUUCAAAUAUUCAACCCAUGUUGAAUGACGACGUGUUCUCCUAUUGACUGAGUUUGACUUUACGCAAAGUUUUGUUUUCCUGUUUAUACUGAAAGUACUGUUCAUUUGAAUCUGAAUUCAUGGUGUUUUGACUGACAAAUGAAUAAAGCAACAAAACAGGAUGCUACGUCAUUGUCAGAAUUAUUGCUUUGAUAAUGUUUUGAUUUGAUUUGACCUAUUCAUAAAGUGUAAACAUGCCAGAGUUGCGAUGUAAAAUAUGUUCAUAAUUCGAGUUCUUACCACUUUUAGUGUACUAGUGAAUGUGUUGCAUGUAAAUGACAAUGUUGUCAUUCUGUUGUUUUUCAGAUCUUCUUUGUUAGUUUGGUAAAAACAGCUGAGAA